AUGUUUGGGCUGAUAACAUCAGAAUCAGCAGGCCCACAUGGUAAGGUGAAAGCGUGGGGAGAGAAAGUCUUGCAUAAUAUGCAAAAAAUGCGGGGUCACCAUAGGAGAGCAGAAGUUUCAAACAAAGGAAUACGAUUUCACCGGGGUGCACUUCAACCACAAGGAAAACACGGUUUCUUUAAGCCAAAAUACGUUAAGAAGGUUGAGAGGGACACCGUCGCUGGAAAAGAUGACGGUGGAAGAAUUGGAAAGUACGGUUUCACGCAUGAUGUGUGCGGGGGGCGUAAGGAGCGAAUCUCUUUUCCCCUAUUACUUCUUCUUAAAGAUAGUACGUCGACGCUUAUCAAGUUUAAAUCGAGAUUUAUUACGACCCCAAAACCGGGUAAAUUUACCACCCAGCGCGAAGGUCAUUGGGGAUAA